AUGAACGGCUCAGCGCGACCUUCUCCAAGCGCCGCUGCCGGAUACAGCCACACCACCGAGACCAAGCCCAUCGACAUUCCAACCCUCUCCAAAGCUUCGCGCACCUUGUCCUCGUCGAGCGACGCCUGCAGCACCCGGCCCCGCUCUCCCUCCUCCUCACUGUCCUCGUCUCUCCGCAAGUCGCCCAGCUCCUGGCUCAAGGCCUCGCCCACCGUCAACGUCCACACGACGUGCGGGCGGCACACCGAUCAAUAUUUCUUUGGCGGGCCCUCGCUGACGGAGCUUGCUCGCUCCGUCAUGAAGAAGUCCUAG